AUGGUGUCUGCUGCUAUCGCUCUGGCCUUCAUCCCCCUCCUGCUGACAAUUAUCAUCAGGUGCCGUCACUACUUUGUGCUGUUCUAUCGGGCAGUUCUGGUCAGAAUAUGGAGGGACUGUGUUACUGGUCUGAGCCGUGAGGAGCGUGCCUACCAGUAUGUUCUCACUCACGCCAUUCCUGGAGACCCCGACAGCAUCCUGGACGCCUUCGAUGUGUGGUGCAGCAAGGUGGAGUUCAUCAGCAACAUCGGGCCUAAAAAAGGGAAGAUCCUGGACCGGCUGCUGAUGGAGCAGAGCCCCCUCACAGUGCUGGAGCUGGGGGCCCACUGUGGGUACAGCACUGUGCGGAUUGCCAAGUCUCUGCCCCUGGGUGGCCGGCUCUACAGUCUUGAGAUGGACCAGAGAAAUGCUGCUAUUGCUGAGAAAAUCAUCCGCCUGGCCGGGUUUGAUGAUGACACGGUGGAGCUCAUUGUGAAUCCAUCCGAUGAGGUCAUCCCUCGGCUGCGCUCAGAUUAUGGUUUGGAAAGGCUGGACUUUGUCUUCAUGGACCACUGGAAGAAAUGCUACCUCCCUGAUCUGCAGAUGCUGGAGGGUUCUGGUCUGCUAGGAAAAGGCUCUAUGAUCGUGGCCGACAACGUGCUGUUCCCCGGGGCGCCAAAGUUUCUCAGACAUAUCCGCAAGAGCGGCCUAUAUGAGUGGAGGGUCCAUCGGGCCACGCUGGAGUACAGCAAAGGCAUCCGAGACGGGAUGGCUGAGCUGGUGUACCAGGGAAUUAAAUAG